AUGCCAUUCAUCGACAGCAAUCCCAGCUCACCAUCUGGCGCCACCAAAGACGGUGAUUUUUUCGAGAAGCUGGUGCGAGAUCUCAGCGCCGCACUGGGUCCAAGUUCGGGGCUCGACUCGGACGAUGUCGACCCGGUGGACAUCCAAAAGUUGAUGGAUGGAUAUGUCUCCAACGAGGAGGAAUGGGGCUCAUAUGCUUUGGGUGAUAUCAGCCGGACGUACACGCGAAACUUGAUUGACGAGGGGAAUGGCAAGAGCAAUGUGAUUCUCAAGGGCAAGCUCCAAGAAACCCUCUACUCGUGGCCAGACAAGGAGAAGAUCGAGCACGGACAGAUCUCACCGCCACAGAUCACGAAAGAGACCAUCUAUGGCGAGAACCAGGUUACCUACAUGUCCGAUAAGCUUGGUCUCCACCGGAUCUCCAAUCCUGAUCCGGAUAAUUUUGCCAUCUCAUUGCACCUGUAUACUCCUCCAAACGCCGCACUUCACGGCUUUUGUCUCUACAAUGAAAAGACCGGCAAAGCAAAGCACAUCAAGCAGAAUAGAUUCUACUCUUUCCGUGGUCUACGCUACAAGGAUGUAGAGGAAUCAUAG